AAAUAAGUAGGUGUAUUUCUCAUUUAUUAGCCCACAAAGACUUUUUCCACUGCUUUUUUUUUGCUGUCUCUUUUUACUUCUGUUCCCCUCCAAGUCCACCACUCCAUUUCAAUAAAAAUCUCCAAAAAUUCACACCCAAAUCCUCCUCCACCACCACCGCCGCAGCAUGGAUCCAGCUGAGUUUUUCACCGGAGGAGGCCGGCCGUCGCCGAGGAAAGAGCUUCAGGGUCCACGCCCAGCCCCACUGAAAGUCAACAAAGACUCCCACAAGAUCAGGAAACCGCCGGUAGCACCCCAGCUCCACCACCCACCUCAGCAGCCGCAUCUUCCGCCUCCGGCCGCCGCCAACAACAACCGUCAACCGGUGGUUAUCUACACCGUUUCUCCCAAGGUCAUACACACAACGGUCAAUGACUUCAUGAACUUGGUUCAACGGCUCACCGGCCCAUCUCCCCGUGCCGGAAACACGCCCACCGCGGGCGCCGGGGAUGUAUCUCCGGCUGCCAGGUUAGCUUCUGUAGAAUUAGUAAGCCCAUCGGAAAGAGAAAGGGAGAGACAACAAAGGGCAGCCAAUGAAGCUGACGAUUUGAUGGAGAUUCUUGAAGGGACGAGCUUUGAAACGGGUCAAAUUCCGGGGAUAUUGACGCCGGAACCGGCGACUUUGCCACCUGCAUCGAUUCCGGGACUGUUCUCGCCGGCUCCGGAUCCAUUUUUGAACGGGAGUAACAUGUUUAUCCCUAGCCCAUCAUUUUUACUUUCAUCGCCUUUGAUUUCACCGUCUCUUUCUUCAUCAUAUGAUCUCUUCAACUCAUUCUUUGACCUUUAGCUAGUUUUGCUUUUCCUUUUUAACAAAUUAAUUGAAAUUGCUUUUUUUUACUUAGUCAUGAAUUCUUUUGGCCCAAAAAAAAAGAAGGAAAAAAUCUUCCACCAUUGAAGCAUGAGAUUCAUAGUGUAAAAUCACCAUCUUUUUGGGCAAUUAGACUACAAAGUCAAAGGGGAUUUUUCAGAAACAAGGAUGAAGUUUCGCCAGGAGGAAAAUAAUAAUUGUUUUAUUUUCCCCCCUCUAGAAUUAGAAGCAAAGAAAGUCAAAAAGGACAAGUAGAAAUUUGUAUUGUACAGCUGCUUUAUUGCUCUUGCAACUUGGUGGACCAAAGUGACAGAAAGCUGAGGUUGAGCUAACUUAUUUUCAUCAUCUAAUAGAUGUAGAAGAGUUCAGAUUAUUCUUAUUAUUCUGAAGAGAUUUUUGGUUAGAUUUAGUGUAAGUUUUAGGUGUAUGAAGCGAAAAAACAAGCAGACUUGUUUGAUGUUUCUCUCACUGUAAUGUAGUAGCAAUGAGUUAAGGACUUUGUAAAAUCUGAUGUUACUAUUAGUAUGGAUGGCAAAAACUUGCAUUUCUUUGCUGUAAAUGUACUUUGUUCGUCCCAAAAUCUAACAUUGGACUUAGGUACGUUAGUUUCGUGUUGGAGAGGAAAUCUAACAUGGAUUGAUGAAUUAGUGCUUUUGGAGAAUCCUUCUUCCCUAAAAGAUUCAAGAACUUGAAGCUGUGUGAUAUUUUAUUGAGUUUCUGUAUGUAAUAACUUAAUGCUGCCUACAACAAAUAAAGGUUGGUUGCAUCCAAAAUGGAAGUCGGUUAAAUGUUUUCUGUAUUUUAUUGUUGUGUGAAGGUUGUUUUGAAUCACAUUUGUACUUGUUUUUUGUUGUAUUUUCUGCAACAUGUGCUAAUAUUUUUAAUAGGAGAAAGUCCAUAAUUAUUGGCCAUACCUAAGUUGGCGUUUGGCAACUGUGGACUUUUUGGGCAUCAAAGAGAUGGAAGUGUUAGAAUUUGAUCAAAACGGUAAUCAUUUAUUGGAUUUGGAAGAUUGUUUGGGAAUGAUUGUACCUCUCAAUCUUAGGUGACCUUGUGAUGAUAUUGUUCUUUCUUGAUUAUUGGACUUGCCAAUGAGGAUGCAUUUGCAUUGUUGAUUAGCCCUUCUAAUCACACUCACUUUCUAUUUUUGUCCAUAACAGCUUUUAAACAAUGCAUUUGCAUCAUACAAGC